AUGAAUAAGGCUCUGUUCUUGGAUAAACAGAUAAUGGAUCUGAUGAACGACAAUAAUUCACAGGACGGCGAUCACCAGAGGCAGCAUGUCGGCGAGAAUGGUCUGGAGUCGAAGAAGGAAGCGAUCGUGCCUAGCUACGAUUUCCAGCCUAUUCGCCCUAAUGCCACCGUCGGAUUGUCUCACUCCGCUUUAGAUCUCGCCGGAUCUGUCAAUUCCACGGCUGCUAGAGUUUGGGCUUCUGAUUUACAACCUGUUCCGACUUCAUCCGCUAGAAGUUAUGGAUCUUUCGACUCUCUUGAACCUUCGAAGCUGUUUGCUGAGAAGGAUCGAAGUGCCCCUGAACCUGAUUCAGCAGCUAUUAUAUCUGCGAUAGAUCGGACGAUGAAGACACAUGUUGAUAACUUGCUACAUGUUAUGGAAGGUGUCAGUGCGCGUCUCACACAGCUGGAGACCAGAACCCGGAAUCUCGAGAACCUUGUAGAUGAUGUGAAAGUUUCUAUUGGGAACAGUCACGGAAACACGGACGGCAAAAUGAGACACCUUGAAAACAUCCUGUUAGAGGUGCAAAGCGGUGUACAUACGUUGAAGGACAAACAAGAGAUAUUUGAAGCGCAGCUUCAGCUUUCAAAGCUUCAGGUAUCAAAGUCCGAGACACACUCUACACAUGUUGAACCCACUGCUCAACCUCCCGCAUCACCGCCUCAGCCACCAGCUCCUCCGUCUUUGCCUCAGCAGGGCCUCCCGCCUCUACAAUUUGUCCAACCGUCCGCCUCACAGCACAAUCUCCCUGCACCUUCAUCACAACAGUCUCAGCUUCCCACCCAGUUUGCUCCUCAACAAGAGCCUUAUUUCCCUCCACCUGGUCAGUCCCAGCCGCCUCCAGCAAACCAGCCUCCUUAUCAACCUCCUCCUCCUCCUGCUCCGACCCAGUCACUGCACCAACCCCCUUACCAGCCACCUCCUCAACAACCACAAUACCCACAACAGCAACCUCCUCAGCAUCAACAACCGCCAUCAGGCUACAACCCGGAAGAACCACCUUACCCUCUGCAAUCUUACCCGCCAAACCCAAACCCUCCUCGUCAACCACCUUCUCAUCCACCUCCAGGUUCCACCCCAUCUCAACAGUACUACAACGGUCCUCCAACACCACCAUCAAUAUACGAUGGACCAGGUGGUAGACCCAGCUCAGGUUUCCCUUCCGGCUACUCUCCUGAACCUUACCAAUAUUCCGGGCCGCCGCCUCCUUCACAGUUUGGAAACACCCCAUCCAUGAAACCAUCGCAUCAGAGUGGAAACGGGUCUGGUUAUCCGCAGCUCCCAAUGGCUCGCCCACUGCCGCAAGCUGUACCAAUGGCUUCAGCAAUCAGCAGCGGUGGAAGUGGCGGCUCCAGUUCUCCAAGCUCCGGAAGCAGAGCCCCAGUGGAGGAUGUAAUAGACACGGUGACUAGCAUGGGAUUUCCAAGGGACCAAGUGAGAGGAACAGUGAGGACAUUGACCGAGAGUGGUCAAGCCGUUGACCUCAACAUUGUUUUAGAUAAGCUGAUGAAUGGAGAUAGAGGAGCUCUGAUGCAACAGCAGCAGCAGCAGCAACCGCCAAGAGGUUGGUUUGGUGGUCGUUAG